CGGGUCCAGUUUUUGAGCGCACGUCGCGGGUGGGGAGUUGCGGGUGGGCAGGCCGGCGAAUGCGGGAGUCUGGCGGGGGGCGGGGUUGUCACAGCCCGGCGUCCGCAGCAUAUCGCCCGUGUCACUGGACACCUGACCCCUCAGUCACGUCCCCCCCGCCCGCGCCCCCAGGCUGCCCCCGUGAGCCGAGCCAUUCGAGACUGCAUGGAGAUCCUGCAUAGGAAACCGGCCAGGUGACCAGGGACCCGUAUCCGCCGGCUCCUGAUGACCAGUCAUUUUCGCUAAGGGAAUGGCGUGGUCCAAAAUGAGAAAUAAAUUCCUGUCGCUGACUGCAAGGUGAAAAGGAAGCAGGCGACAGACCGAGGGCUGCUGAGCAGAAGAUGGACCCCUGUGAAGACCUGGAAAGGUCCAGCCGUAGAUGUCUGGACUCCAGGGGGACUGAGCCUCUGGAACUUGAAAGAGCGCAGGCCCGGGCCUCGGAGGCCUUGGGGAGAGGACAGGAGGAGUGGAGCCAGAAGUUCCAACUGCAGAGCCCACAGGUGGAGAGCAGCAACAGUGAACAGCAAGAUCGAAACAGAGUUUCUGAAGAACUUGUAAUGGUUGUGCAAGAAAUGAAAAAAUACUUCCCAUCAGGGAGACACAGUAAGCCAAGCACUGUCGAUGCCCUCAACUAUGCCCUUUGCUGCGUGCACAGAGUACAAGCAAACAGUGGGUUUUUCCAGACCCUCAGUCAGAGUGGAGCACCUCCAGCAGCUGCGACCACCUACAGUCUCGAGGAGCUGGGCACGGCUGCCUCGGGGUACCCUUCCAAAAAUACAGAUACCUUUGUGGCAGUUUUUUCCUUUCUGUCUGGAAGGUUAGUGCACAUUUCUGAACAAGCUGCUUCAAUCCUGAAUUGUAAGAAAGAUUUCUUGGAGUCGUCUCACUUCGUGGAACUGCUCGCUCCCCAAGAUGUGAGGGUUUUCUGUGCACACACUGCCCACGCUCACCUCCCCCUCUGGAACAGCUGGACCCAAAGAGCAUCUCAAUACGACUCCACUCCGGUGAAGUCCUUUUUCUGCAGGAUCCGGGGAGGCCAGGACACAGAGCAAAAGAAGCAUUACUGCCCAGUCCGGAUUAUCCCUUAUCUGCUGCAUGUACGUAGCUCUGCCCAGCUGGAAUCUGAGCCCUGCUGUCUCACCCUGGUGGAGAAGAUUCACUCUGGUUAUGAAGCUCCUCGAAUCCCGGUGGAUAAAAGAAUUUUUACCACAACACACACCCCAGGAUGUGUCUUUCUUGAAAUAGAUGAAAGAGCAGUGCCUUUGCUGGGUUAUCUACCUCAGGAUCUGAUGGGAACAUCCGUCUUAGCUUAUCUGCACCCAGAAGAUCGUUCUCUCAUGCUCGCAAUACACCAAAAAGUCUUGAAGUAUGCAGGCCACCUUCCCUUUGAACACUCACCCAUCCGAUUUUGUACCCAAAAUGGAGAUUACGUCAUUUUGGACUCCAGCUGGUCCAGCUUUGUGAACCCAUGGAGCCGGAAGGUGUCUUUCAUCAUUGGUCGGCAUAAAGUUCGAACGAAUCCCCUGAAUGAGGAUGUUUUUGCUACCAGAAAAAGGAAGACGAACAGUCAUGACAAAGACAUAACAGAACUACAAGAACAAAUUCACAAACUUCUCUUACAGCCCGUUCACGGAGGCGCCUCCAGCGGCUUCGGAAGCCUGGGCGGCAGCGACUCCCGGGAGCCCUGCGUCCGCCUCGCGGCGUCCAGUGAUUCCAGCAGGCCCCGCGCCGAGGCCGCGCGCCGGGAACCGUUGCCUUCGCAGCAGGUGUACGCCAGUGGAAACAAAACUACGACUCUGGGACAGCCGCUCUACGUGGAGUCAACGGCCAAGCCCCCAGAUACGCGGGUGACAGGGACGCGCCCGGGACGGCUUGGCGAUGAACAGAAGGCCUCAUCUACCUACCAGACAUUAAAAAACAACAGUGUGCCCAUGGAGUCUUAUGAAGACUGGAGAAAAGACCAGCAUAACCCAUCGUACCAGCAAAUAAACUGCAUUGACAGUGUUAUCAGAUACCUGAAGAGCUACAACAUUCCAGCUUUGAAAAGAAAGUGCGUAUCCUGUACCAAUACAACCUCUUCCUCCUCCGAAGAAGACAGACACAACCACAAGGCAAAUGAUGCUGAAGCGUUGCACGUGGUGUCUCAGAUCCCAGCCAUAGCCAACCUGGAGAUGCCCACCACCGGGCGGCCCGCACUCGCUGCAGGAGGCACUCCGAGGACCCUGGCCCCCAUGGCGCUGAGCCUGGGCUCUGGCCUGAACCCGUGCAGCUACCGCAGCCCGCUCAUUCCCGCCCCACCACCAGAGACAGCAGAAGUGACUCCAGUAGAGGAUAUCGGCCCUGCUUGUGAGCCCUGGACAGCACACACUCCCCCAGCUCCACUGCCCUCAGAAGAAUUUAUGCACAUAGGGCUCACGAAGGCUGUUGUUUCAGCGCACACCCAGAAGGAGGAACAGAAUUAUGUUGAUAAAUUCCGGGAAAAGAUCCUCUCAUCGCCGCACAGAUCCUGUCUUCAGAACGAAAGCAGAAGCAAAGCUAAACAUUUGUAUGUUCAAGGAGACUCGGCUUCCAAGCAGGCCGGGUCAGCUGGCUGCAAGAAGGGGAAGCCCGGGCGGAAGAAGCCGUCAGGGCUGUGGGACAGCAGGGACGCCCCGGACACCUUCUGUCUCCACUUGGGAGGAGACGGCCAGCACAGGGAGCCCUGGGGCCCUUCCCUCGCCUCUGCUCCGCAGGCCUCCAGCCUUCCCUUCCCGGCUGCCCUGAUGGCUCCCGACCUGGGUCCUUACCUCGUCCCAGCCCUGCCUUCUGUGGGAAGAGAGCAUGCAGUGUCCCUGACCGCACUCAACCGGCUGCCUAAGGCCACUUUAUGGAACGACUUGCAGACUUUUCCUGCUCUCCCUUCUCCUUCUUUAGAUACUGUGAUGACCAUUUUCUUGCCUGAUCCCCCUGGCUGUCCCCUGUUGUCACCAUCCUUCUGCCCAUAUGAUUUCCUGGGAGCAGCGGGCUCUUCUGGAACACCGCCCUCACUGUCUGCGGUCGCUCCACACCUGGAGCCACUGUCCUCUGUCCCCAGCCGGAGGCGGGUGGAGGGAAAAUGGGAGAUGCCGCGUGGAGAGCACCCCUGCGUUAACUCAAGGAGCAGCUCACCACCACAGCUAAACUCACUGCAGGCAGACAUGCUCGGAUCCUGUGAAUCUUCAGAUCGGACGAGAAGGGAUAUUUGUCUGGAAGUAAAGUAUCGCAUCUCGGGCAGUUGUGGGAAGAACAGUGGUUUUGCUGCUGGUGAGCUGUCCACGGCACUGCUCCUCGAGGAGCCGCCACCUGGAACGGGUUCUGCGGCAUCAGGAAGCAGGGACAGCAGUGUGGACUUCGCUAGUACUGGUUGUCCUGAAACCACCUCCAACUGGCAGCAGUCUGAGGACGCACAGGAAGAGGAAACAUUUCCCGGUUUAGCUGAAGAGGCCAUGUGGAGAAUGAUAAAGCAAACUCCUGAGCGCGUUCUCAUGACGUACCAGGUACCUGAGAGGGUGACAGAGGCUGUACUGAGAGAGGACCUGGAGAAGCUGGCGGGCCUGCGGGGGCAGCAGCCCCGGUUCUCACGCAGCCAGAGGGAGGAGCUGGCCAAGGUGCACUCUUGGAUUCAGAGCCAGACUGUCCCUCAAGGAAUAGACAUCCAAGGCUGCGUCACUUGCGAAAGCCAGGACUCCCUGGGCGACACCGCGGAACCCUGUGGUCAAGCUCCGGCAGCAAACAGCGGAUGAGUGGCUGUGGAGGCGCCCCGCGGGGACCCGCUGGACAACCAGACUUCUCGUGCGGGACGGGAGGGAGGUGUUGUGAGAAAUAAAGUCUCCUCGUUCCUCAUCCAAAAAAAAAAAAAAAAAAAGACUCUAAGUGACCAUGAACUUGUCACUGAAUGUUAUGGUUUUCCCUUCUUGAUUUUUUAAUAGGCUUUGUUUUUCUGAAGCAAACGCUGUGUAUCCAGUCUUUUAUGUCCCCGUUCCGGGGGCAUUAAAGCUGUCAGAUGUUUUUUCUAGUUCUGCCGUCCUCUGAGGAGAUCGAAUGGCCUCUAGAGAGGUGUGUGCUCAGGCUGCACCCGAAAUCCACGGUAGUCACAAUUAGAGCCAGAAAUAGCCCCAAAACUUGGCCACCUUCAUUUCCUUCUGGUGUUACAGAAAUCACUUUCCCUGGGAGAGGACUUGACAUCCCACCUGCAGGCCGUCUGCUUUUCAGAAUGGUUCCCAGAAAUGAAGUUUCCUCUGGUCCUCGUGCAGCUUGGCCUUUCCCUCCGUAAUUCCGGUGAAACGUUCUCGUUUGCCCACAGCACGGGUCACUUCGGUAUCUACCAGUAGUAACAAAUACCACCGAUCGGUACACCGGGAGUACCUGCUUGUCGGGGGUGGACUUUGAGCUUUGUUCUCGUAGACACCUUUCCUUUUAAUUCUCCGCCUUCCACUGAAGUUCCCAAAGUCCUGCCCUCACAGUGAAUCUACUCACCACGAGCUUGUUCCUCGGAAGCUGAAGUUAGCUUUUGCGCGUGUGACGUUCAAACAGAGAGAGCUCCUCACUCAACCCGUGGUAUUCCCCUUUCUGAUGUUUUUGUUUUUAAAAUAAUGACUGCAAAAAGUUUCAGAAGUCAUGUAAAAAAUAUUGUUCUUUUAUGCCUCAGUGUUUUAAUGUUGUCUUGCCCAAAAUCAACAGUUAACUCUUUCUUUCCUACCAAUUUACACACAAGAAGUCUGGCCAUCUUUGCCAGAGAUCUGUAAGUGCCAUGAAGGGCUGCGUGGGGACAGCAGCAGUCCACGGGGACAGCAGUGGCCUGUGGGAGCUCCGCCGUCCUCGCAGGCAUGCAGAAGCGGUCAGAGAUCAGUGCUUCCUACGCGGCCAUAAUUGCGUCUUCAAGGAAGUGAGUGGGUUGUUUACUUGAUAAGUUCGCUCCCUGCUCUUCAGAGAAGUCCGUGGUUCCUGCCCAGACUCUGGAUGACGUGUGACCCACACAGAUCAGAAAGAGGACCAGAAGCCAGUAGUGGAGCAGCAGUAACCUUUCAUCUUUUAUCUAACAGACUGAGCUUUCUUUUUUUGUUUGUUUUAUUUUGUUUUUUUGUUUUGUUUUGUUUUUAAGAAAACACUCUUCCUCCUUUGAAGUUUUAUACCUUUUUAUAAAAGUGUAUCAUGAUAAUGGUUAGGAGACUUGACCUUUUUAUCUGUGAUUGCAUGAUGACUGCUGGGCCCUGACUCUCAAUUCCCGUAGCUCAGGUUUGCUUUCUAAAAUGGGUUUUCCUGGAAGGCAGUUCUGUGUGUCCAAGCCAUUUUCAAAUGCUGAGCUGUUCUGUGCAAGUGUUGCGGCAUUAGGAUAGGGGAGCUCUCAUGCUCUGCUCGGUCCGGAUGGCUGAGCGAUUUCUGAGCCCUCAUCGUGGCGGUCAGGUGGUGUGGUAUUUUUGCCCUUGGUGAGAAAUCAAAUUUUAAAAAACUAACCAGCCCGGAUGUUGUCCAUCAGUGUACUCUUCGUGACCUUCUGCAGGGACAAAAAUUUUAAUCUGCAUAAAUCAGAAAUGACACGUGGCUGUCAGAGGUCACGCAGCUUCGUGCAGCACGUUUUGUACCUUAUGUUCUCAAUCGUGGAAGCAACUCUUUUUCAGUCUUUCUGGUACUGGUUUUAUCUCACUUUGCUGAUCUCUUUGCCUUAGCACACAUCUUAUGGAGUGCACCUGACGCCGGACUUGGUAGGAAACUGGUGCUCGCUGUAGGCAGAGCUGUAAUAUCGCGUGUAACUUCCCUAUGUUGACAAGUAGCUUAGUUGGCGUAUGUAGGGAUAGGACCCUGACGCUUGUGCUGCUGGAGCGGGGUGGAGGCUCAGCAGUGCCGCUGCUGCCCCCCAAGGGGGCUGUAUCCACUUUUACACUUCGUCGUGCAAGUUUAUUAACUUUUUGUAUUAAUAACUACAGGAAUGGAUAAUAAAAAUGUGUAUUAUAGGCUUUGAUGUUUACACAAAUAUUACCCAAAAGGCUGCAUUUUCUUGGGUAGGAGGUCAGGAUUUAUGAAAAACAGAAUGCUGUGUGAACGGAGUUGUUUUGCAAUUAAGUAAAACUUCAUUAUAAUUCUCAAGGUCAAUUUAAUCUAAAUUGAAAUUUUGUUUCAGCAGAAUUUAUAAUUAACUGUAUGAAUUUACUUGUUUUUAAUGGUUAUUAAUACUUCAAUCAGGUAUCUUUUUCAAGUAAAAACAAAUAAACUGUGUACAUGUAGAACCUGA